AUGACGGUCACCAUCGACCAUGAAGGCUUCCCGCACAUCGUCGAGCUCAUACUGUCACACGCCAGCCUGGGAACACGAGCGGCGUUCAGCGCGACCUGCAAGAAGCACCGGGAGGACAUGAAGGACACUCUACGACUCGUGCGGCUCCGCUAUGGUGGCAAUGCCGCUGUCCCGGGCUUCGCGGAUUCCUCGAACUCGCCGGUCCCUUGCAUCCCAACGAUGGUGUCCGUCAUUGAUCUAUCUGGGUACUUCUGGAACUACUCGGGGCGCAAGCGAGUGCGACGAGCUUUCAACUGUACGUUUUCACGUCUGGCAGUCAUCCGCCGCAUCCCGCCUACUGAGGAACCGUCACAAAACCCGGGAAAUCGCAGUCAUGUUCGACUCCGAAAUGUCCCAACCCUCGUAGACUACAUCGACCUCGAUCGCCUCCCCGAGUGGUGGAGCAAGAAACCAGAGCUGGUUCUACACGCGUGCCUCAAUCGCCACAUUCUUCACCUACGCUGGCCCGACGACGGCGUGCCGAAGUUUCCCGGCCUGCGGUUCAUGCUUGCGAGCAGCAGCUUGGAGCGCGUCAUCGUCCUCUGGCCUCGCAGGCUGGGUCCGGUCACGACACCGCGUCCGGGGCUCACCUGGUUUUUACACGCCACCGUCCGCAAUGGCGCAAAGCGGUGGACAAUCGUAGGCCCCGAGUCGCUCAAGCAAUUCAGCCCUGACCAUUGCCGGUACAUUUCGCACGAGACCUGGUGGGAGGAGUUGGGAAGCCAGAAGGCGGAUGUCGGAGAGUGGGUCGAGGACUGA